CACUUCCUCAAAAAUCAUCUCAUCUAAUUUUAUUUUCUUCCAAUCCAAAUUAGGCACCAUGGCAGCCUCCUCCGCCUUGGUAACCCCCAUCUUCUCCACCGUCCAAAACAAGCUCGGCGGCGGCCACCAGUUCGCCCCCUCCGCCAUCUCAUUCCAAGGCCUCCGCCCCCUCAGCAAGGCCAAGCCCUCAUCCAAAACCAUCGCCAUCGCAACAACAAGCUCCGGUGCCAGUUCUAGGCUCGCCGUCAAAGCAGAGCUGAGUGCCCCAGUCGUGAUAAGCAUCAGCACUGCAGUCUCCCUCUUCUUGGGCAGGUUCGUGUUCUUCAACUUCCAGAGGGAAAACGUCGCGAAGCAAGUGCCUGAGCAGAAUGGGUUGACUCACUUCGAGGCGGGUGACACACGAGCCAAGGAGUAUGUCAGCCUUCUCAAGUCCAAUGAUCCGGUGGGGUUCAACAUCGUCGAUGUUCUUGCUUGGGGCUCCAUUGGUCAUAUCGUUGCUUACUACAUCUUGGCCACCUCCAGCAACGGCUACAACCCCAAUUUCUUCUGAUCAUGAUCCUCUGCCUCCUCUUCUUAAUUAUGCUUUGUUUUGUACGCCCUUGUGUAGUUUCCUCUAUUACUGGGGGAAAUUGGAUCUCUUGUGUUUCUUCUUUAAAAAGAAAAGAAAAUCUAAUGCUUUUCUCCUGCUUUUA